CUUUUUACUAGGUUCAAAGGUUGUCAGUGAGUUUAUAAGCCAGUGUCGCAUGCAGAGGAAUUUAGAGCAGUUCAGCUUCAAUUCACAGCGUAGCUCUCUAGGAACAGCGAGUUCUCCAGGAACAUGUCUAAACAAGAGUAUAAACUGCUUAGCGACAAGUUCUUUACCUACAAAGGCAUGGUGUUCCCUAUAGAUGAGGAACAUGACCAAAGCCCAGAGUACUUCGACAGUUUGCUGGACUUUAAGAUCAGGGAUGAUGAUGUCUUUGUGGUCACUUUCCCUAAAUCCGGUACUGUAUGGACACAGCGGAUCAUGACGCUCCUGUAUGAGGAGGACUUCCCCGAGUUGAAGAACGAGAUGACAUAUGAGCAGAUGCCGUGGAUAGAGUUUCUGAAAAAGGGAGAAGACUUCAACCUCCGUCGGUCACCCAGACUCUUCUGCUCCCACCUACAGCAGCAGCUAUUGCCCCUCGGCCUGCAGGGCAAAGGCAAGAUCAUCUAUGUCUACAGGAACCCCAAAGACAUCAUGACGUCAUAUUUCCACUUCACCCAGUUCAUGAAGCAGAUGGAGUGUCUGGAGUCGACCAAUGACAUGAUGGAGAAAUUCUUCAGCGGAAGGAUGUUGGGGGGCUCCUGGUUUGACCACAUCAGAGGAUGGUACACCAACAAGGACAAAUACAACAUUCUGUUUAUUAGCUAUGAAGAGAUGAUCAAGGACCUGCGGGCUGUGGUGGUGAGGAUUUGCAAGUUUGUGGGGAAGAAUCUGUCGGACGCUGUCAUCGACAGUGUGGUGGAGAAAACCAGCUUCAACUACAUGAAGAAAGACUCUUUAGCCAACUACGAGUUCCUGCCUGAGGAAAUCAAGAUCCCCGGCAAAGGGGGAUUCCUACGGAAAGGUACGGUGGGAGACUGGAAGAACGCACUAACGGUGGCGCAGAACGAACACUUUGAUCGUAUUUUCAAGGAAAAAAUGAAAGACAACUUGCUGAAAUUUGUGUGGGACAUCACUGAGCUAAAGGACUAAAAUAUCAUCAAUUUUAAUAACAAUAUUACUCACAAACACACACCAAUCAAGUGAUCCUGUUAGCAUGUUAGCAUGUAGAUGUUUGUGCUGGUUAGUUCAUUACAUUCACUCACAGAAUCACAGAUAAUGAGAAUAUAAAUACUGUACACUGGAUAUACAGCAAAUAAAACUACGACAUCGUAGCAACCUCUUGGAAUACCACCACAACAUCUCCCUGGAACACCACAGAUAACACCUGUCAUAGCAACUGCUUAUAGCCAUAUUGCCUGUAUUAACAUAUAUAAUAGAUAAAACCCUGGAUUGUGGCAUGAAAAUAACUGAUUGUUUUUAAGUAACUAAAUAAAUAAAGCAACAUCA